ACACAAAUAAUUUAAGCAGCGCUGUUUUUGGAAGUCUAAACAUGCCCGUAAACGAGCUGGGAGACAGAAUAGUUUACGUCUGCAGUCUGUGCCUGCGCCAAUAUGAUCUACUGGAAGACCUAAGAGGUCACUUUAUGUGCUAUCAUGGCCAUAGUCAUGUGGACAUAUCAACAUCAGAGCCAAAACCAAAGCCGCGUAAAAUCGAUACAAUUUGCGAAGCGGAUUCUACAUUGAUGCUACCUCCUUCACCGCCUCCACCUCCACAGCUCCAGCCCAUGCCUUUCAAAGAAUUUCGUAUUGUGUUGCGUGCUAAUAUGAGAGUGGCUUGUACAGAGGGUAACGCAACUUGCAUCUUUAAAUUUAAGGACGACAAAAAGUUGGAGCUGCAUGUCAAGUGCCAUAAGGGAGCCGGCUUUGCUUGCAGUGAAUGCGGACUUGACUUUUCGACCUGGCGUCGCUGCUCGGCACAUCUAUGGAAGGCACAUCAAAUUGAUGUUGAUUUGCUAAAAUGCCCCUGCGUCGGUUGCGACUACAAGGCGCCAGUGUCGGCUCUCGUGUGGAGACACAUGCGUGUACAUUCGAAUUGGCGUGCCAGAGUCCUUAGACAUGACUUGCUACGACGACGCGCACAAAAGGCGCAACUGGCGGCUGCUGCAGCUGCAGCGGCGGCGGUGACAUCUUCCAGUGAAGAGCCAUCACAGUCAGCGACACCGAAGAAAAAGACCAAAUACUACGCAGAGAAAACUUGUGAGACUUGCAAUCGCAAGUUUGUAAACGGAAAGACCCUCUCCAAGCAUAUCAAAACAGUGCACAACAAGAUAAAGCCGUUUAUCUGUAAUGUCUGUGGCAAGAAGACAGCACGUAAGGCGAGCCUGAUUAUCCACAUGCGUCAGCACACAGGAGAGAAGCCAUUAACUUGUGAACAAUGCAAGUUCUCCACACGUGAUCCGAGUUCACUCUUCAAGCAUCGCCAGCGCCAUAAUAUCCAAGCUGCUGCUUCAGCUAAAACAGCUUAAAAUCUUCCCGAGUAAUCUUAUCUGUGUUGGUAGCUUGGAAUUUAAAUGUUCAUUUAUUGAGUUUUUCAUUUAAUUUUA